GGUCCGAUAGACUAGAACAUCCAGGUGCCUGAGCUAGAUUUGUUAGUUUAGCGAGACAUUUCUGUUGCUGACAGGCUGAGAGUUGAACUCACUACACAGCCACCCAAUGAACAGUGAGAGAGACCUGCGCAUAUCGUCAGCAGCCGCUUCUCCAGCCUCAAGCUCAAAUUCGUCAGAUCUGAGAUCACAGAGGAUGUUAUCCCCCCUCAUUUAGUCCGUCUAGAAAGUGGGGGAAAUAUAUAUUCGCAAAAAGUUCGGGGGAUAUAAAAAGACGACAUCUAAAAUGCCCUGGCUCUUCUGCUCAGUGAAAGGUCCUCAUAUUUCAGCUAUGUGUGGACCGAGCAGGGCAGCCUCUCUGGGUCUGUGGGCUUGCUUGCUUGUCACCAGCACCGUAAUGGGUGGGAAAAGUUCUGGGCAGAACGGCAUGACAGAUGAACAGAAAGAUAACACAACAGUGUUCACCAAGAUCUUAGACAGCCUACUGGAUGGCUAUGACAAUCGCCUCAGGCCAGGACUGGGAGAGCGUGUAACUGAAGUCAAGACUGACAUUUUUGUGACUAGUAUCGGACCAGUUUCGGACCAUGACAUGGAGUACACCAUCGAUGUGUUCUUCAGACAGAGUUGGAAGGAUGAAAGACUAAAAUUCAAAGGUCCAAUGGCCGUGCUGCGUCUCAACAACCUGAUGGCCAGCAAGAUCUGGACCCCUGACACUUUCUUUCACAACGGCAAAAAGUCAGUGGCCCAUAACAUGACAAUGCCAAAUAAGCUGCUGCGGAUUACAGAAGAAGGCACACUGCUGUAUACCAUGAGGCUCACAGUUAGAGCUGAAUGUCCCAUGCAUCUAGAAGAUUUCCCCAUGGAUGCUCAUGCUUGUCCACUGAAGUUUGGCAGCUAUGCCUAUACUAGAGCAGAGGUGGUGUAUGUGUGGACCAGAGGGGCUGCUCAGUCUGUGGUGGUGGCAGAGGAUGGCUCCAGGUUAAACCAGUAUGAUCUGAUGGGACAGAGUGUGGAUUCUGGUGUGGUACAGUCAAGCACAGGAGAGUAUGUUGUGAUGACAACCCACUUUCACCUGAAGAGGAAAAUUGGUUACUUUGUGAUCCAGACAUAUCUGCCCUGCAUCAUGACAGUCAUCCUCUCCCAAGUGUCGUUCUGGCUCAACAGAGAGUCUGUCCCUGCCAGAACUGUCUUUGCAAAAGAAGAAGAAGGAGUCUCUCCUCAAGAAGAACAACACUACAGCCUACCCAACUGCCACUGCUACACCCUUCGCCCCCAAUCCUGCCAGGAACCCYGGAUUGGCCACAAUCGCAAAAAGUGCCCCUCCACCACCGGAUGAGCCCAAGGAGGAGCCAAAACCCAAACCCCCAGAGGCCAAGAAGACCUUUAACAGUGUGAGCAAGAUUGACAGGAUUGCCAGAAUAGCCUUCCCUCUGCUCUUUGGAACCUUUAACUUGGUCUACUGGGCAACCUACUUGAAUAAGAAGCCCAAAUUGCAGGGGGUGAAUCCAACCUAAUUCGUAUUUCAUCCUGUUGAAAUUUUACCUGGUUUCAUUUUCUUUUUAUUCCUUUUACAGAGAAAGAGAAAAAAAAAGUAUUUUGAGAUAAACAUUGUGUCCAUUUUUGUUUGAAUAAUCAGUUGCUUCAUUGCUUCUAUGGUAAUCUAAAUUUUGAGGAUUUGGAAAAAAGAAAAAAAAAAAGAAAAAAAAAAUACCGGGAAAAAAACUGAUAUCUUAUAACAACGACUUUGAAAGGUGUUGUUCAGGUCUAAGAUGAUGCUACUAAAAAAAUGCUAAUAUAAAUAUUUAGCCAAGAGACUACUAUUCUUCAAAUCUACAUAGCCCAAACCUGUCAAGGAGCUGUUGUUUUUUGUGUAUGUUUAUUGUUUAAAUGUACUAUUUUUUUUCUUUUAGUUUUAACAUGGAGGCACAGGCACAGUCAAAGGCACUUGUGAAUAUGCAUGGGCAGGACAUGUUAUUGUUUAUAUAGAUUUAUUCAAACUAGAAAUGAGAAUUGACUGAUGGCUUAGUUUGUUUGAUGUCACCAGUGCUAUGCCGAAUCUUUUUUCAAAAUAUCUCCCCUUUUAUGUAGAAUGUUUAUUAUAGAAUAUGUCAUUCUUGAAAAUAUAUCAUGGUUUCUGCAAUAGCAAUAAAACAUGUCUCGAUGGACAUAGUUUCUUUAGGGAUCAAACACACAAAGUUCAGUCAUCCGUGUGCUCAGAAUUAAAACCCAUUUGUUUUUUUUUCUUUCACAGCAUUGUAAAUAUUAUUAGGUGUUAGAGAUGUWUUUAUUUUGAAUAAGCUUUGAAAAGUGUAACUAGGGGAUGUUCAAAUGAAUUCAUGGAACGUUUUUUUUUUUAAAUUCUUAAUUUGCUUUCCACAAAUAGAUGAAUAUAUCGAUAUAAAUCAUGCUGAACUGACUGUUUUUCACCAAGUUAACAUUCCACUGAAAACAUCUCUCACAUUAAGGUUAAAUAUGAUUAAAUAUGUGUGUCUAUGUUCACAUCAUCAUCAUCAACAGGAACUAUUGAGAUUGGCUUAGUUAGGGAAAAGAAUGUAAAACCAUCUCAAAAUCUGGAGUGCAUUUUUACGUUUAGAAUAAAAAUAAUAAUAAUUUACUUCAUUUUGUUGGGAUUAUAUUSUUAUUUUAUUUGAUCAUUUCUUUUAGUAUUUGACUAAUUAUGCUGGGGUCGCCUUUGCUAAAAGUACAUUAGAAGAAAGUUCAGUGGUAGGGCACAUUGAGACAGAGGAGAAGUGCCUUUUCCAUUUUCAGAGUUAGAGCUGUGGUGGUUCUUAGUUGAUUGAUGGCACACCUGUUAUUAUUUUUUUUUUCAUUCUAUUGUGUCCCUCCCCUCCCUUCCAAUUCAUGUUCAUCAAAAUUCACAUGGGUCAAAUAUUGAAACAUAAUACUCAGAACGUACCAGCUACACUGCCUUCAGUAUCACAUGCCUGUUUGGAGUCAUUUGUUGCUGCUUGUUGGUGAGCAACAGCGAGAGACAGGGAGAGAAACUGAAAGAGACAAAAGGGGAAAAGAUGCUGAGUUGAAGUGGCACUGUAAUCUUAGGAUGGCCGGCGCUGGGUUUUGCACAGAGGGCUUGUCUUGUAGUUCUACAAUAGUGAUGAAGAUGAAUAUAUUUUUGUAGCAUGAUGUCAAUCCCUCUUCCAAUAACAUCCGACAGAAACUAAAGUGGAAAGUAUGAAUUUGUUGUGGUCUUUAACAUUGCUUGCUUUCUCCUUUAUUUAAAUAAAAAAAAACACCUUUAGGUGUUGAUGUGGCACGUGAAGGUUUCUAAACAGUCCAUUUGAAAUUAUGUUAAUGUAGCAAUAUAAAUUAGCAAGGGCUUUUCUUAGGACCUGAACCUGGCACUCAGUUUGAAAGUUAUAUCCAUUGUAGCUUUACACUGACUCAUCUGUACUUGUAGUUUUUUAUGUGUGUUGAAAAUGGAUAUUUAUAUUCUCUUGGUUAAAUAAAAUAGCAAGCAUUGCAUUUUAUGAUCAUCUUAAUCUUUAGCUUUAAUUGAAAUAUUCCUUGAUAAAAUGAAAGUGGAAGUGUGCUCACUGCUUCAUAAGUUGAAUGUUUAUUUGACACUGAACAGACCAAGAGACAUUAAAACUGGGAGAAUUAUCAGUGCGUGUGCUGUCGCCACUGGAUCACACUACUAAUAUGAGCAAUUGAAGAAGAAAACAGUGCUUCUUGCUUUUACCACAAUCAGUAUAAUUAUCACAAAAUUUAUCUCCCAACUGAAAACAUAUUACCAUUAUAUGCAAACAGUCCACUGUUCACAGCUACUUCUGUUACAAGCAGAGGGUCACGGAACUGUCAAGUUGAAGCGGUAGAGUUGUAAAAAGAUGUUUGAGUUCAAAACUAUUGUAUUUAUGUUUGUUAUCAUAAAGAAAGAAAUAUAUAAAUAUUUAUAUAAAUAUAUAUACUUAUGUAAAAUACAUAUUGCAUACAGUUCUGAUUAUAAUAUUGAAGAUGUUAGCUAAGAUGAUGAUGAUUAUUGUUUGUAUUCUGAACUUAUUGUUAUGCAUUUUGCACAUUUAAAAGAACAAUAACAUUUCAUUUAUGUAGUCAGCUUUGUGCUAUGCAAGGACAGCUUUUAACCACAUCAUUGACUUUUUCACCUUGAGCUUUGGAUUUAYAAGCUAUUGUGAAAAAGAGAAAGGAAAUUGCUUGACUUUUUUUUUUUUGUUUUAUUUGUGCAUCUAUGAGCUUUUUCUUCUCCCCAACAAUGGCCAUACAGGGUGACAUCAAAGAAAACAGUGGAUUAACUAUUUUGUUUGAGCUUUGGAUUUAUUAGUAAUUGGAAAACGGCUUUCAUCGUUGAUUGCACUUUUUCCACAGGGUCAUGCAAUAAAGUGAUUGAAAUGCAAGAAAAAAAGGAGAAAUUGUGACAAGAUAACCUCAUUACUCUUUUUCACUGCUUGAGCUUGCCUGUCAUUACAAAAAAUGAUGAAAGUGAAAAUGUUAAUUUACUCAAAGGAUCAUUGUGUCCCCUCUUUACUUUUCAAAGCUGGGUGAUAGUUUAAAGUGCACAAGGGAGUUUUUGACUUUGACAGAGUAAAUGUGAAUUUUGCCCUGUUUUUUUUUUUCCUUCAUUGAAAACAUCUUUGCUAAUUUCUUCUUGUGUUUUCAAACUGGAGAAAGUACAUUUUUGCUAUAUUUAAUGUUCCAGAAUGUGAAAUAUGAGGCACAGUUCUGUCAUGAGCUUCCUGCUUUUAUCUUCAUCCUCAGACUCUUCAUCUAUGUAAAUAUCACAAAAUAGGUCCAUUGCAGUUCUCAUCCAUAUGGUAUUCAACACAGAAACUUGGUUAUUCCUAAAUACCUACUGGUGUUAUUUUCUUGUCUUUUUAACAAAUAUACGUUCAGAUUUUCACUGAAAAUAAACCAACUAAAAUAUCUAAAGCACAAAUGUUGAUAAGGGUAAACAACACUGGAACAAUACUGUGUUCAUAUGGACAUCCAAAAACAUGAAAUACAUACAAGUUCACUUAUCCACAUACCGUAUAUAUGCUGGCAGUCCAAUGAUACAGGUGAAGAGUUGUGAUGGAUGUAGAUGAAUUGAUAAAUUUUAUGUAAAUGUUUUAUUAUUUUUUGUUUGUUUGUUUGUUCUUUUGGUUCUGAUACGGCCCUGUAAAAUAUAAUUCUCUGCAUUAGUCUUUAAAUAAAAAGAAAACAAAUGAA